GAGAGGGUUGAUAGAGGAAGAGAGAGACAGAAAUAAAGAGAGGGAGGAAGGAGAGAAAGAAAGAUAGAGAGAGCACGAUCAAGGAAGUGAAAGAGACUCUAUGAAAGGGUAGUGUAGGCUCUUCAAACACUGGAUUACUCAAGUCAAGUCAUUCAAAGAAGACGUAAAGAAGUUAGGUGCGUAUUAACGCGGGAAGGUUAAUUAAACAGGACCUGAUGCGAUAGCAGGAGAAUAAGAGCUCUUUCUGGGGACUCCCUUACACUUGGAAUGAUAACUCUUGAAUACAAGCCAUGGUGAGAACCCAAAAGGGCGAUGUGAAGUGGCCAGGACCUCUGUGACGGGGAAGCAGACACUGAUCCCACCUUACAUCUCAGUGGGCACCAAACCAAGUGGCAGGUUUUUUUGAGAAUGGGUUGUGCAUGCAGUGGUCAGAAAAAACAGAAAGAGGACAAAGGACCAAAGGGAACAGCAGGCAACAGAUCCCAUGAAACUGGUGGAUUCAAGCACAGUGCAGAUGCAGGUAAGGCGUUUGAUGUUGAUGUAGUUAUUGCUCAAUAUGACUUUAAACCAACAAAUGACACUGACCUGUCAUUUAAGAAGGGUGACCGACUCAAGGUUAUUCAAGACAAAGGUGACUGGUGGGUGGCCAAGUCUCUGGUCACUGGGGAAGAGGGCUAUAUCCCAAGCACAUAUGUGGCCAGAGUGCACACCUUGGAGGUGGAAAGGUGGUUUUUUAAAGACUUGAGUCGCAGAGACACAGAACGUCUUCUUCUAGCGCCGGGAAAUAAAGUCGGCUCCUUUUUAGUCCGUGAGAGCGAGACAACUAAAGGGGCCUUCUCACUCUCCGUCCGAGAUUCUUCGCAAGAACAUGGGGACGUAGUGAAGCACUACAAGAUCCGAAGCCUGGACAUUGGAGGUUUCUACAUCUCCCCCUCUCUGACCUUCCCUACCCUGCCAGAACUCAUCAAGCAUUAUUCUAGAAGUGCAGAUGGGCUGUGUCAGCGCCUGGGUAACCCCUGCAAGGCAACGGUUCCUCAGCAGCCCUGGGGUAAAGACGAGUGGGAGAUCCCGCGGGAGACACUCAAGUUGGUGAAGAAGUUGGGAGCAGGCCAGUUUGGAGAAGUCUGGAUGGGCUACUACAAGAACAACCUGAAGGUGGCCAUCAAGACGCUGAAGGAGGGCAGUAUGGAACCUGAGGCAUUCCUACAGGAGGCGAACCUGAUGAAGCAGCUGCAGCAUGAACGGCUUGUGCGCCUCCAUGCUGUUGUCACCCAGGAGCCCAUCCUCAUCGUCACAGAGUUCAUGUGCAACGGAAGUCUGUUGGACUUCUUAAAAACAGAAGAUGGGAAACAACUGAAACUGCCCAAACUGAUUGACAUGUCAGCACAGAUUGCAGAGGGGAUGGCCUACAUAGAAAGAAAAAACUACAUUCACAGAGAUCUGCGGGCUGCCAACAUUCUGGUGUCUGAGACGUUACUUUGCAAGAUUGCUGACUUUGGCUUAGCAAGAAUCAUCGAAACAGAGUACACAGCCAAAGAAGGAGCAAAGUUUCCCAUUAAAUGGACUGCCCCUGAAGCAAUAAACUUUGGGACAUUCAGCAUCAAGUCAGAUGUCUGGUCCUUUGGUAUUCUCCUGACAGAGAUAGUCACGUAUGGGAGGAUCCCCUACCCAGGCAUGACGAAUCCAGAAGUGAUCCGCAACCUGGAUAAGAGCUACCGGAUGCCGUGUCCAGAGGGCUGCCCGCAGGAGCUGUACGAGGUGAUGCAGAAAUGCUGGACGGAGAGGCCGGAGGACCGGCCCACGUUCGAGCACCUGCAGGACCUGCUCAGCGACUUCUUCAUCGCCACCGAGGGACAGUACGAGAUGCAACCCUAACCUGAAGGUUGUCAGAGGAGAGAGAGACAGAGGAGAAGACAAAGCAGAGGCCUUGACAGAGACAAUGGAUAGAGCUUCCAGGCACAACAUCAACACUUGAAAUAGACAAAGAAGAGACUGAACAGGGACAUAUGUGGGCCCAAACAGAGACAAAGAAAGAUCUGGGCGAGGCAAAGUAGAGACCUGGUGGAGACUAAGGCACGACCUAAUGUCUCUGAUCUUACAGAGAAACACCACAGAGUCUCAGAGAAUCUGCCGAAAGAUGAAAUAGUGUUCAACAUGACCAUUGGCACCCACCAUGAUGAGGCUUGAGGCUUUGAUGAGAUGGAGUCUGUGAACUGAGAAACUGUCUUAGGGACAGACUCUGCUGUGAGACUCUUCUGAGAAAGCCCAAGCUGGACAGUCUUCAUUGGGACAGACUAUGCAGACCGAAUCACUGUACUGGAUUUACUCUGUUUAAAGAUGCUUGAUACUGUAAUGAACUAGCCUGACGUAGCCAUACUCAAAAUUCUAUUCAGAAUUUGAGUCUGGACCCAAAGCAUUGGGACGUGAUUAUGGGUCAUAUACCAACCGAUACAGGGGAAAAAAGCCUCUGCACACAAUUAGAUAGACCUAACCAAUCAGAGCAACGAAAUAGCCUAUCGUGAAAUCCUGCAGAGAACAGUCAGAACAUCCUUCUUCUGACAAAUGUCUUAAUCACUGUUUUCUGUUUGUUUUCUGAAGUUAUUGCGCCGUUAAUAUCUUGUACAAGCGACACAAUAGUGUCAUAAACAUGUAGCUUCUCUAGUGACAAGCUUUUUGCUGUAAACAAAUUCAACCGAAACGCGCUAAGGUCGCAGUAAUGAAUACGCACCGUUGCUCAUCAUCUGUCCAUCAUUGUAUAAAGCUUACCCUAAUGCCGCACGGGCGAUUUGAUUGGUCCGCACGAUUCUCAAGUAUUCAGAGGCUUGUCAAUGAAACAAUUCCAGACCGAUAUUCCUGACCUCAAAUUUUGUGGCCGUGGCUAAGUUCGGGCUGGCUUUUCAGGCUAGUAAUGAACAGGUUCUGCCAUGAGACUCUGGAAAAAUUCCACACAGAAGUCUGUUGGAGAAUUCUAUGGAGAGAACAUACUAGACUUUGUAGAAAUGACUGUAUGGAAUAUUGGAUGUAGGGGAUGCUAGGGGAGAACACUGGCUAUCAGUAAAAAUGGAAUACAGAGAAAGGAUGGACUGUUGGCUGCAUCUUUAACCACAGUGUUAACCUUAACCACAAAAGAUGCUCUAUACUUGUGUCAUCUGGAUAUUUUAUAACAGGGCAGAUUUGUUCCUCAAGUGAGAAUUCAAUUUAAAGCCAAGGGCAACAAAAUCAGCCAAAAGCACGCUCAGGUGACGUGAAUGACUAGGGGCCGUUGCUCGUCUGUCCAUCAUCUUAUAAAGCCCGUCCAGACGAUUUGAUUGGUGCGCACAACUCUGGUGCUGGCGUAGAGGUACCAUGUUGCCCCAGAUGCACUGUUUGCACAAAGACUCUCAAAACAGACACCAGUGUUCAGACAGGGGACAGAUGACACAAUGUGCCAAAACUGUGCCAAAACAUGUCUGGUAUGGAGUAAUGUUACUGCAAUAGUAUACAGAUGUGCCUUUUGCUUAAAGUUAUUAUUGUAAAUAUAAAUCAUGCAUAUUUAAGUAUCUGUAUGUGUAUGUGAUGUAUCAUGGAUGUGCACGAUAAAUUGUUAUUUCAUAUUAA